UUUCUCUCCCGUUUUACUAAAAAUAGUUACGUAUACAAAUAAACAAUGCUUUACUUUAAAUAGUCUUACUCUUAUUGUACGUUAUUGUACGCAUGUCAUGGAGAAUGAAUGUGUAGUCGUUGAGCCAGAAGGUUUACCAAAAGAUAAGUUUAUUGGACCAGAAUUUUCAACUUAUAUUUGCUCACAAACUGGGUCAAAGAAAAGAACGGUUAACAGCAGAGGUUCCAGCAAUCAUGCUGCAGGUACAACCGAACCUUCAAUAUUGGAUAAAGUGAUUCGUUGCACUGGUUGUGGGGAACAGAUUCUUACUCAUCUAUCAAGCAAUGCCAACGAACACCCUGUGCUACAUGUACUCUUGUGCAAGCGAUGCUAUUCUUAUUAUCACUCUGGUACGUUCCAAAAAGAUGAAAAUGGAAUUGAUGAAUUCUGUCGUUGGUGCGGGGACGGGGGGGAUGUUAUCAUGUGUGAUAGUUGUACCAAUGUAUUUUGCAAGACUUGCAUUAGACGGAACUUCAGCCGGAAAAAAGCGAAUGAAAUAUUUACUUCCGAUACAGUACAAUGUUUUGUAUGCGAUCUUACACCUUUGCAGUCACUUAUACAAGAAUGCAAAGAAGUCUUGGAAGCCUUUAAUACAAACAGAGCACCUGUAGUAGUUAAAAAGAAACACAGGCGAGCAGCAAUUGAAGAAAACAAAUCAAAUGGUGUCAUUCCGUCACCAGAAACUACAACUACUAUAAAGAAGAUUGACCAUCCUGUUGUAGGCCGCCACAAAACAACGGACACCGUUAACAUUAGUAAUAUUCGUUCUGAGUGUAUGACAAUAGUAGAUGACACGUGCAGUAAAGUUGGUGAACUUCACUCUUUGUUUAAACAAGUGUUUAGCAAUGACACAGAAGACCAAAGAAAAGUGGCUUUAACGAAGCUUCGAACAAUCAACCAAAUUAAAUCAAAGCUGAAUGACCUGGUGGGCUUGUCAUCCGAUUUUUAUGAGUCUGUCUGCAAAGAAGAAAAACAACUUCAAGCAAGAAUAUCUCAUGAAAGCACAGAUGACUCCAUGACAACCAGCAAAGAAACGGAUGAUUUAGAUUCCACUAACACCAAUCUCUCUACACCAAGCAGAAAGAAAAAGUUGCUAAAACGGAAAUUUCGGGAAAACAUUCUUCGUAACUCCAACUCUCCUGCUGGUAAAACAUGGAGGAAAUUGCACAUGGAUGAAUCGCAGGAGGAUAAAAGCAACAAUGAAGCGUCAGAUAAAGAACUAUCUAAAUAUAUUCCAAUCAAACUAAAGUUGGAUGACCAGUGUUCUGAUAAACAGGCACUUGGAGGGGUAAGUGUCAGCGAUAUCUUCCAUGAGGAGGCGAGUGAUUCUGAUUGCUCCGGACUUUUUAAACCACGGAAGAUAAAAAGACAAUCCUCAAAUAAAUCUGAUUCACAAAAGAAAGAAUCGCCAGUCGAAAAAAAGAUUAAAAAGGGAGGUAAAAAUGAUAAAGAGGCAGAAGAUCAAAGUCCUGGAGCAAAAACAACCUCAUCUGACUUGGAUGAACUAAUACCCAAGAAGAAAAAGAAGGAAAAAGAAGCUUCUGAUUCUGAAAAUUCUGAUCCGGAAAGUUUGGAAAAACCGAGUACAAAAAAGAAAACUGACCAAAAAAAAGAAAAACCUAAAAUCCACAAGACGGAUCGGCCAUCUUUGGAUUUUUCAUCCGAUUCCUCUCAGACCGAGAUUGAAAGCAACAACAUGGAAACUUUCUCCGAUGAUCAGCUUGACAUGACAAUUGAAGAUCAAGCUCCCAAAGUUGAUCCCCCUCCCAAAGAAGUAAGUGAGAAUGAUGCAGCAAGAGCUGGCAUCCAGAAGAUCAUGGAAGAUGAGAUGUCCGAGAGCUCCUUGGAUGAAGAUGUGAAGGAUCUGUUGGAUCAAAAGAAAGAUGGAGACAAAAAACAUGAAACCAAGAAGAAAGAUGAGAAUGAUCCUCAGGAUGCUGCAAAAGAACAGGAUGAUGCAAAAGAAGAUGGUUCAGAUGAUGCACAAAGUGGAGGAGAUGAAUCAACUAAAAAAACGAAGAUCAAAAAUGCAUUGCUUCGAGAAGCACUUUCACCAACAAAAGAUAGCUCCACGAGAGGUUCUGCCAAGAGAAAGUUAUCUGAUGCUGCAGUGAAAGCCACACCACGUAGUAAAAAAGUACGAAGGUCUCUGAUUUGUGAUGAAGCUCUCAUUGGUUCAAACCUUAAUGAGGAAGAUAAACAAAUUCUCCUCAACAAAGAUGCAAAUGAUGAUGGUGAUCUCUCGGACCUAAGCAACAUCCUUCAAUCUUCAGAUGCGGAUGUAACUGAUGUAAAUGAAGACCCCCAAACAGAUGAGAAAAAUGCCAGCGAUUGUAGCCACUCCACGAAAUUAUCAACAACAAGUUCCGAAAGAUUGCAAGUUGUUGUUGGAAAAGAGGAGAAAGAGAAGUGUGAGGCCGCUCUUCAGGAAAAAGGGAAAGGUGGGAGCAAAGAAGAGAAAGAAAAGGGUGAGGAGAAAAAGAGCGAAGAGGAAAAAAGUGAGAAUGAGAAGAGUGAUGUUGAAGACAAAAAUAAAGAGAAAAAGGAAGAGAAAAAAGAAGAAAGAGAGAACAAAAUAAAAGAAGAAGUUUUAAAGAGUGAUGCAGAGAUGGAAUGCAUCACGAUAGAGAGCGAUUCCCAUGAUGAAAAUGUUGGAAGCAAAUCCAAGAAGAUCACAUCGAUGAGUAGCGACUCUGAUGAGGAUGUUGGGUUUAAACCGAAAAAAAAACAGAAAGGUCAAACGUGGUUGGACGAUUUCUAUAAAGUAGAAGAUGUUUCAGAUGAUGGUGUUGGUUCUAUUAAAAAAGAAGCCCAGACGCGGUCGUACAACAAAGUAAAAAAACGACGUCGAAUAAAAGAUUCUGGGAGUGAGGAUUCAAACAAAGACAGCAUGGAUGAUUUCCAUGACAGCGGGAAGAAGAUGGGUCGUCGCAACAUCCGGAAGAUCUUGGAUAAUACGAACCUUAGUAAGAUGACACAGGAUGCAGAGAAGAUGGAGAAAGCUAGGAGGAAGAGGUUGGAGCAAGAUCAGGAUCUGGAGGAGGAGGUUAUUAUAAUUGACGACGAAGCUUCUCCACAGAAGAAGAAGAAAGUGACGACUCAUCUUGUGUUGUCUAAAAAACCACUUGUUGAGGUUGAAUCUGCGAUUUUACGAGCCCUCAAGCCCCACCAAGUGGAAGGAAUAAAAUUUCUAUGGCGUAAUGUUAUUGAGAGCGUUGCACGUGCCAAUAAAUCAAGAGGAGAUGGCUGCAUACUCGCUCACUGUAUGGGCUUGGGAAAAACGCUGCAGGUUGUAGCAUUCUUGCACACUGUUCUUCAUUCACCACACUUGCCUAAACAAAGAACAGCUCUAGUUGUGUGCCCACUUGGUACAGUGCUUAACUGGGCAAGGGAGUUUGAUAUGUGGACACGGCCAUGCAAACAAUCAAUGGAGACCUAUAGUAUAAUGGACAACAAGUCUUUGCAUGAUCGUGCCAUCAUACUCAAGAGAUGGCACAAAAGAGGAGGUGUUUUAGUCACUGGUUAUAAGAUGUUUAUGACCAUGGUUACCAUCACUAGGAAGCAAUAUUCGCGUUACAAUAAAUCCUUCAUUGAAAUGAUGUUGGAUCCGGGUCCAGACAUUGUUGUUUGUGAUGAAGGUCAUAUUAUUAAGAAUGAAGCAACGAAUUUAAGCAAUGUCAUGUCGCGGAUCAAGACUCGACGUAGAUUAGUUCUCACAGGAACACCUUUACAAAACAACCUUAUGGAAUAUUACUGUAUGGUUAAUUUUAUUAAACCCAGACUGCUCGGCAGCGCACAGGAGUUUAACAAUCGAUUCACUCACCCGAUACGCAACGGGCAACACGUGGAUUCAACGGAACGCGACGUGAAACUCAUGAAGAAAAGGUCGCAUGUCUUGCAUGAACUACUUGCUGGUUGCGUGCAAAGGAAAGACGUAAACUGCUUACGAGAACAAUUGAUGCCAAAACAUGAAUACGUGCUUUUUGUCCGUCUUACUCCCGUACAGAUUCGUUUAUACGAACAAUACCUUUCAACUUUCCAAUGUGGGGACGUGGGAAACAGAAAAGGACAACUUUUUCAAGAUUUCAAAAACCUCUUAUUGAUUGUGUGUCAUCCUAAAGCUUUGCUGCUGGAUAAAAUUCGCCGCGAAAAUCAACAGAAUGCAGAGGAAGCUCGUGAAGAUAUUCGAUCUUUCCUUAAUGAUGAGGACGAGACAUCCGAGGAGGACUUGGAGGGUGAAGAACCUCCAUCGGAUGAUAUGAGUAAAAUAUCAUCCAUGUCCGUGCAGGAUUUAAAGAAACUAAUUCUUUCAAAAGGAGGUAGUUUACAAGAUUGUUUGGAAAAGAAAGAUUUACUUCAGCGAGCUAAAGACCUGCUAACUACUUCUGCAACAGACGACCCCACCAAAGAACUGUGGUUUGAAAAAGUGAUGCCGAGUGACAACUUGCUUUAUGAUUCUGUGGAAAUGAGUGGCAAGAUAACUUUGCUAUUAAGCAUAUUAAAGUCUUCAACGAUGAUGGGCGACAAAGUUGUUUUAUUUUCCCAAUCAUUGCUAACACUAGAUCUCAUUGAAGAUAUCCUUCGUUAUGUUACAAUGGAUGGGAGCGAUAACACACGUUCACCAACUGGUGUUCGAAUAAUGAAAUGGUACAAAGACGUUGAUUAUUAUCGGAUGGAUGGUUCUACAAAAAACGAGCGAAGAAAGACGAUCAUUGACCAGUUUAACAAUGAAUCGGACACUAGGUGUCGCCUCAUGUUGGUUUCCACAAGAGCUGGAGGUAUUGGAAUAAAUCUGGUGGGGGCAAACAGAGCAAUCGUGUUUGACGCGUCCUGGAACCCAACACACGACGUCCAAUCUAUUUUCCGCAUCUAUCGUUUUGGACAAACUAAACCAUGUUAUAUAUAUCGCUUCAUCGCCCAAGGAACGAUGGAAGAAAAAAUCUAUGAUCGCCAGGUUGUGAAGCAAUCUUUGGCAUCCAGAGUGGUAGACGAGCAGCAAAUAGAACGUCAUUACACGGCAAACGAUAUUGCGGAACUUUAUACUUUUAAACCUGAACGCUUAACGAAAGAAACGAUCAAGUCACGACCUACGCCCAUCAAACCAAAAGACCAAUUGUUGUCGGAUAUAUUAUUGGAUCCCAAGUCACGUGAUCUGAUUGUAUCGUACCACGAGCAUGAUUCGUUGUUGGGACAUCAGGCUGACGAAGAGCUAAGUGAGGCAGAUCGACGCAACGCAUGGGACGAGUAUGACCGUGAGAGAUUCCCCCCCGUUCCCCACGAUAGUCCGCUACUAAAACUUGGUAUUGCAACCAUUAAACAACUGAUCGACAUUGCUGAAAAAGAACUUGAGAAAAAUACAAAACAACUGGAUAAUUGUAAGCCAGAAACACUGGACCAAAUCAUGCUAAAAGUGAAGUAUUUAAACCGAUCGUUGAAGAUAGAACACGCUGAGAAAUGCGCUCAUGAAAUACAACUUUAUAAACUUUCUGUUAGGCCACAAAUUGAACGAACUAGAAGUUAUAUACUACGGAAAUUGGAACAGCUGCGUUUCUGUCAGCAACGGGUAAAAGCGAGUAAUGUUAACCCAAGAGUGCAAAACCAACCGAACGGAUUAUACAACCUCCCACCCUAUGUUCCAAGGCCUAACCCACAAAGUUCAACGUUCAGACCACCGCACCCUAAUUACCCAAGAAACUUUGCCCAACACCAACAAUUCUACCCAAGAAACCCGCGUUUUUCUUCGUUCACACACGUCCCGCGUUAACACUUAGAAACCCCACAUUUUUUUACGUUAUUUUUUUUCAGUGGUACUUUUUUUCAAUUUUUUUAGUGAGACCAACAGAUAUACCUACUGCUAGGGUAUAUGGUCGUAACAGCUUCAAUGUGAAACCUCACUACAAAUUUAACUACAGUUCUUCACAGGUGAUAUGUCUGUUUAGACUAUUUACCUACAGCGAACAUAUACAUAAUAGGCCGGAAAUAAUAUUUAUUGUAACAUGCAAUAAAUGGCCACGGAUUUGUAUCUCGUAUACACUUCAUUCAACUUCUCAUUUAUAUGAAUUGUUUUAAUAAGGCUAAAGCGCGCUGUGCAAAUCUUUUUCAUGUCGUUUUACAAUUUUGUUCAGUCGUACUACUUUAUUACAAUGACUUACACAAUGA